AUGGUUAACAAUGGCUCUAAUGGGUGGUUUUGGGUUUUUAAUAAACGAGACAUUUGGGUCCAAAUAUAUCGUGUAGAAAACAAGAUAAUUUGUGUGUGA